AUGGGAAAGGAAAAGACCCACAUCAACAUCGUGGUCAUCGGCCAUGUGGACUCCGGCAAGUCCACGACCACCGGCCACCUGAUCUACAAGUGCGGGGGCAUCGACAAGAGGACCAUCGAGAAGUUCGAGAAGGAGGCGGCCGAGAUGGGCAAAGGAUCCUUUAAGUACGCCUGGGUGUUGGACAAGCUGAAGGCAGAACGGGAGCGUGGCAUCACCAUCGACAUCUCCCUCUGGAAAUUCGAGACUGCCAAGUACUACAUCACCAUCAUCGAUGCCCCCGGGCACAGGGAUUUCAUCAAGAACAUGAUCACUGGCACCUCCCAGGCUGACUGUGCUGUGCUGAUCGUGGCUGGUGGCGUGGGAGAGUUUGAAGCCGGCAUCUCCAAGAACGGCCAGACCCGUGAGCAUGCCCUCCUGGCCUACACCCUGGGGGUGAAACAGCUCAUCAUUGGCGUCAACAAGAUGGACUCCACCGAGCCCCCCUACAGCCAGAAGAGAUACGAGGAAAUCACCAAGGAAGUCAGCACCUACAUCAAGAAAAUCGGCUACAACCCCGCCACCGUGGCCUUCGUGCCAAUCUCUGGCUGGCACGGAGACAACAUGCUGGAGCCCAGCACCAACAUGACCUGGUUCAAGGGCUGGAAGGUUGACCGUAAGGAGGGAAAUGCCAGUGGAGUUACCCUGCUGGAAGCUCUGGACUCGAUCAUCCCCCCGGCCCGCCCCACCGACAAGCCUCUGCGUCUGCCCCUGCAGGAUGUCUACAAGAUAGGAGGUAUUGGCACAGUGCCCGUGGGCCGAGUGGAAACUGGUAUCAUCAAGGCUGGCAUGGUGGUCACCUUUGCCCCCAGUAACGUCACCACUGAAGUGAAGUCUGUGGAGAUGCACCACGAGGCUCUGGUGGAGGCUCUCCCUGGUGACAACGUUGGCUUCAACGUAAAGAACGUGUCGGUGAAGGAUAUCCGAAGAGGGAACGUGGCUGGUGACAGCAAGAACGACCCCCCCAUGGAGGCCGGGAGCUUCACUGCCCAGGUCAUUAUCCUGAACCACCCUGGCCAGAUCAGCCAAGGGUAUGCGCCAGUGCUGGAUUGCCACACCGCCCACAUUGCCUGCAAGUUCGCAGAACUGAAGGAAAAGAUCGACAGACGAUCUGGCAAGAAACUGGAAGAGAACCCCAAGAACCUGAAGUCUGGUGACGCCGCCAUCGUGGAUAUGAUUCCCGGCAAACCCAUGUGUGUGGAGAGCUUCUCCAGCUACCCUCCCCUCGGACGCUUCGCUGUGCGCGACAUGAGGCAGACGGUGGCUGUUGGAGUUAUCAAGGCGGUCGAGAAGAAGGCGGCCACGGCUGGCAAAGUCACCAAGUCUGCAGUCAAGGCCAGUAAGAAGUAG